GCUAUGGUUAAGCCACUUUUUCUUGUAUGAGGAAUAUUAAGUUGCCUUACUCCUUUGUUAGAAGUAAUUAUUUUAUGGCUGACAAGAGAGAUUAAGACAAAUAAGCAAGAAAAGAGCUGAACCAUGAUCGAGUAUUUGCAGAUGGGGAGGGAUGAGAUAAAUCAAGAACUGCCAUUCUGGAAAGUAAAAAUGUUUGAAAUCUUAUAUAUGCCCAUUAUGAUAAUUCUGCCAGCUGUUUAUGUGAAUCUAAUGAAUACUCAUAAAAAUCUCAGUGAUUGGAAAAGGAGAGCUCCUGGAAAUUUUGUAUUUGGAUGAAUAUUCUUUAUCAGAAACAGAGACUUUUGAUUACUAAUUUCAAGAUUGUUUGGAUUACGAUUUUAUCCAGGCUUAGAUACUCUAUUAUGAGUUCUGAUAUUUAUUCAAGCAAUUUCUGUAUUAUUUGCGAGAGGAGUUCUUUUUCAUGCUUCUUAUGAGCGUUAUAAAAUAUUUGAACACAAAGUUGGAAGAGUUGAGUCUGCCUUGUUCUACAUUUUCUCACAAACAAGCAUGGAUAUAAUAUGCAUUAUAUGCUGUUUUUAUUUCAAACAAUUAUUCAUGAUUUUGUCUGGCUCAUUCUCUAUAGUGAUCCUCCAAAACUGAUUCUUGAUUUUCUUCUUCUUUCACAGCUGAAUGAUUGGAGUGAAGUUGAAAUAAUAUCAAAAAUCAAAUACAAAUUUUCUCCGAAACUUGUUUAUUUGCAUCAAUUAUCAUUGAAGCAACCUUUAGCAUAAACUAUUUCUAUAUUUUCGCUCAAAACAACUUCACCUUCUCUGAAACACUCCAAACCCUGUUACUUCUAGCAUCCUUACACUUGUGUAUCCUAACUCUCUACAACCUGCACCAAUCCUUAUUCUGCACUCCCUACAUCCCAUCAAACUACGCCCAUAUCAUUUCCCAAAUAAUCCCUAUUCCCAAAGAAUCCCUUCUCUUUGGUAACCCAAGUUUAAUUCCUGCACACUGUAAUUUCUGACUGAACGAUUUGGACAAGCCUUCACUGGAAUAUGGGGAAGGAAAGUAUCUUAGAGAUGCGGUUGGUGGGAUACUUGAAGAUUGGGAAGGUGGUAUCUAUGUAAAGGGGCAAUGAGAGCAUAAAUUCCAUGCCUCUUGCUUUGCUGAUCUUUGAGUAAAUUGGAAGAGAUGUGUUAUAUGUGAUAAGAAUCUAUUUUAAAGCAAAUUGUUCAACAUCUCAU